GAGCACAUCACUAUUUUUUUCCAAAUGUUGACAAUCACUUCCUGCUUGUUGCUUCCUUGUCAAUAUUGCACUGCCCUAACCACCAAUAACAUACAAGUCAUGCAAUCUGGGCCAAUAAGAAUGCAAUCUGACUAAAAAUACUGUGAUUGACAGCAGCCUCAUCCAAUCUGAGAGCCAGACUUAUUUCCGACUACUAUUCUGGUUAACCAUACUGUACUUUCUGGCUGCUACUACGGGAACAGAACAGGAAAUCAGCAUCAUUUUGAUAACUGGAAGUGGAACUGUAUUUUGAAGAUUGUCUUCCUGGAAAUAAUAUUAUUAGAUUUAGCAGUUACCUUGACCAAGGACUGCAAGAAGAUGGGUACAAAAGAGAUUUAUUUCUCCAAUUGUUAGGUGUAAACUCCAUGUCUAAAACAUCUUUGAAAAAUGAUAUAGAAGGAGAGCAAAGGGAAGAAGAUGGAGAAAGAUCCGAGCCUGCAGUUACAGGAGAUCGCUGUCACCACGGCAGCAGCACCUGCUGAUAAUUUUUUUUCAUAUAAGGACAAUCUGAUUGGUGCCCUACUGGCCAUAUUUGGACAUCUUAUAAUCAGCAUUGCUCUUAACCUACAGAAAUACAGUCAUAUCCGGCUAACGGGUUCCAAAGAUCCUCGUUCAUACUUCAAAACAAAGACAUGGUGGCUUGGGCUGUUCCUGCUGCUUGUGGGAGAAUUAGGAGUGUUCUCAUCUUACGCCUUUGCUCCCCUAUCGCUUAUUGCACCUCUCAGUGCUGUCUCACUUAUAGCCAGCUCAAUCAUAGGAAUUAUAUUUAUUAAGGAGAAAUGGAAACCUAAGGAAUUCUUAAGACGUUACAUCUUGUCCUUUAUAGGCUGCGGUUUGGCUGUUGCUGGAACUUAUUUGCUGAUCACGUUUGGGCCCAACAGUCACGAGAAGAUGACUGGGGAGAAUAUUGUCAAGCAUUUAGUUAGCUGGCCUUUUUUGCUUUACAUGUUGGUGGAGAUCUUAGCAUUCUGUUUCCUUCUGUAUUUCUACAAAGAGAAGAAUGCCAAUUACAUGAUUGUUAUCCUCUUGUUGGUUGCUCUAUUAGGAUCAACAACCGUUGUGACUGUCAAAGCACUAGCUGGCAUGAUCUUUGUCUCCAUUCGUGGCACUAUGCAGUUGGGGUAUCCAAUCUUCUACAUCAUGGUUGUGUGCAUGGUGGCUACAGCUGUUGCCCAAGCAUCAUUUUUGACCCAAGCUUCUCAGCUAUAUGAUUCUGCUCUGAUUGCAAGUGUGAAUUACAUCCUGUCCACAACUAUAGCUAUAUCUGCAGGUGCAGUAUUUUACUUAGACUUCCGGGGAGAGAAUAUACUUCAUGUUUCCAUGUUUGCACUAGGAUGCCUUAUUGCUUUUCUUGGAGUCUUCUUAAUUACGAGGAACAGGAAGAAAUCUAAAUCUUUUGAACCCUACGUUGCGAUGAAUUCUAUGCCAGGACUACAUAGCAUGCAUGACAAUGGCUCAGCGAUACAGCCAGAUUUUGGAACCUCAUUUUCGUAUGGGGCUCUAGAGAGCAAUGACAGCUUAUCGGAAAUAUAUGCUCCAGCCACUCUUCCUGUUGUUCCAGAAGAAGCGUCAUCUUCUCCUCCUUAUAAAGUGCUGGAUCAUAAUAAGACUGAAUAGACCCCUUGCUCUAACUUAUGUAAUGGACAAACAGUUAAUUAGAGAUGCCGUCACUCCAAAGCUGUGGCAAAUGCCCAAUAUAAAGGUUGUGUCCAUGGCUGAACAUUUAUCGUGUAUUUAUCCAGCUCAAGUAUUGCUGAUUAAUUCGAAUAUCAUUGUUAGGAAAUAUUUAACUGCAAUCCAUUAAAUGCUAUUGUUGUGAGAUACAGAAAUGAAGCGCUCAUAUAAUGCAGCUAUACAAUUGUAACGCUAGAUUACAACACAGUUUCACAAUGAUACGUACAAUGUUACACACAUUCCAGUAUUUAUUCUUGUUUCUUCAGAACAUAAUUCUUCCUUUUUAUCUGCAAUGUUAUUUGAUGCAACCUUUUUAGUAAAUACUAAUGUAGGAGACAUAUAAUCACAUUAGUCAUACAACAAUAUGAUUUAGAAGAAAAAUGUCUACAGAGUUUAAAAGGUUUUAUCUCCUUUAUCACAGCAAAGUCCACUCAUCCAUUAUGGUUAUUGAAAUAAUUAUUCUAUCCUUUUAAACUGUUAUAUGUUUUAAUCGUUAACAGAGUAUUCGCACACACUAACUUCAGAGAUUGAUAAAUCUCAAAAAAUGUAUUGAAUUUUGUAUAAUAACACAAAGGGAGAUUAAAUGACUUUGUAGACCUCAACAAAUGGCUAGUCUUGUAUAGGUUUUUUUGUUAAUCAUACUCAGACUGCACUUUAUUCUAUUUUAGGCUAUAAAAAUGAAUGGAAAAUUAUGGAUUUGCACAGUUUACCUAACAUAUCUCAUAUUCAGGCCUUAAAAUACACAAAGACAAAUGAAAUGGGAAUGGAAAUAAACUGUUGUAUUCUAGAUAUAUUGUACGUUGUGGUUGAACUAUAGAAAUACGUUGUGGUUGAACUAUAGAAAUGAAUUGCACCGUCAUAGAUUACUAUGUUGUGCCUUUAAAGAGACUUGUCAAUGUAUCACAGAAGUUAGUGCUAGGUAUAGUCAUCAAAGCCUAGAAUUCUAGAGAACCGUUCUUGGAAAAAAUAGAGACCAAUUUAAACUGCAUACCUUAAAAAACAAUAAUGCUUCUUCUGAAGUAUUAUAGAAUACAUUGCCUACAGCAAAUAUGUUAGUAGUUAUUAUAAAAUACAUAUUCCAAACUAGAUGUUUAAAGCUGUUUAUAAAAUAGUAUUUGUUUUGUGUUGAUGGAGCAAAAAAUAUCUUCAUAUUGUCUUCAAAAGCUAUUAAAAUUAAUUUAUUUCUUUAUCA